CAGUAACCAUGGCAACAGUACAUACACAGAAAGCCCAGCCAGAGGAGCGAAGUUGUGAGCUGCAUUUACUUUAACUUUAUAGCCAAGUUAGCUGUUCAACUUCUGAGUGUGAACAGCACUAUCAGGCGUAGUAACCUGCAGCCAGAUGAAACGCUGAGCCACUGCAGUGCCAGAUGCCCAAAGUAACCUGAGAGAUGUCCUCACCACAUCCCAAGGGAGCAGAGAUUUCUUCAGGCAACAUUGUUUCAGAGACUGACAGUGCUGCCAAAUCCCAUAAAUCAGAUAUGAAGAGGAGGAGGGAGACUCGACAAAGCCCAUUCAAAGUGCCAGACAGUAAAAGCAUUUUCCUGCUGAGUGUAAAUGAAAGAGGGGAGCGAAAAGAGGAGAUGUGUAAAUUCCUGUCUUUACCAAUUGAUGAGAAGACGACCCACGCUGCUCAAAUGAUAGCCAAGCUGGGGAAAGAGCUGGAAGAACAAGUGGAGGAGGAAGAAGAGGAGGUGGAAGAAAAGGAGAAGAUGAAGAAUCAAAAACAAAUCAAGACUAAGACAGUUCUCCCUAAACAAACACCCAGUAGACAUGAGCUGAAGAUGGCCAUGAUGAAACGAGAAAACAUUACAAAAGAAAGCAAACAUGAUUUAAUCUCCAUGGAACGGCAGAAGGCGGUGUUGGAGUUAUCUCUGAUGACAAAGAGGUCUGAGAUUUUGAGGAUGGACAAAGCCAUUGCAAAAGAGGAGGCACAGCUGAGGCAGCUUGAAAAGAUUAUUGAGAGAGACAACCUAAAAUUUGAAGAGUUCCUCAGGGAGAACGAGAAGAAAUCUGUGGAGGCCAGAACAUUUUUUGAACAGGAGGCCAAGAUCAAACAAGAGAAGAAUGCAGAGAUCAAGAAACUGACUGCUGAAAUAGGGACCAUACAAAGUGAAAUUGCCAAAUUUGAAGAAAUCCUAAUAGACUACAAGAGAUACAAGGAGCUUCUGUUCCAGCUGUCUCCUCCAGAGUGGCAGGAGGCCCAGAAGACCAAGGCUUUGAAAGCUAAAGUCCUGCCUGGUGGAGACGCUGGGGACAAGCAGAAUGGGGAGCUCGAGGAGUCAGCUGUUAAGAACGGUUUGGAGAGCAAAGAUUCCAGUCCAGGUCGAGAGCUGCCUUCCAUGAAAGAGACCAGACCUCCCUCAGCCCAUAGCAACACACAGAUCACAACCUCUAAACUGGAUAGCGACAGCUCAGAAUAUGAGGAUGAGCCGGAGCUGUACUUCACUGAUCCCCAGCAGCUACUGGAUCUGGUGACAGAGCUGACAGACCACAACUUGUCCCUUAUUCAGAACUCUACAAGGGUGGAAGAGACACUGGAAGAGCUUCGAGAGUCCAUGGAGACAACCAGGAAGAAGAUUGAAAAGGAUGAAGAGCAGCUAACACUGCAGAUAGCCGACAUGAACCAGAGAAUCGACAUAGAGAAGGCAAGAGGCGCCAAGCUCAGACAGAAGGUUCAGCUCCAUGUUUCACUGAACACAGAAGACCAGGAUGUUAUGUUGGAUGCUCUGGGUGAGAAGGUGGUAGAGGUCCAUCGCUGCUGCGUGGAUGACAGGAUUACCAACCUCAGCACCUUGGAGAAACUGGCCAAUAUUGAGAAUCGCAUGUCUUUACUGCUGCAGGGCCUUGAGAGCAUCCCCGAAGAGAACUUAGAGAUAAUGAAGAAGAUCAAGGAUAGUGAGAGGAGGAGCAGGCAGCGUGAGGAAAAGCUGAGAGAGCAGAGAGAGAAACAGAAGGACAGGAUGAGGAGGUACUUGGAGAGAUCUCUGGCUGACUCCAAGAAAAUAACAGGGAGAAAGCUCAUGCCCAGAUGCAAACCUGUUGCCCAGAAAGUCAAAAUCAGGAAUGUGGACGACACCUCUGCUGAAGAUGAGAUGCAUGCCUACCUCUUCAGCUCUGAGGAUUUAGAGUAAAAAUAAGACAAUUACGUUAACAAAAAAGAAUACAUCCACAUUAGCUGAAAUGUUAACACAAUGAUUGCAUGAUAUAGUAUGAUGUGUGAUAGCAUACGUGUAUUACUUUAUUUAAUUGGAUAUGGAUAGUAGCAUUAGAGUUGUAACAAACAUUUAUGCACAAGGAACAGAUGCACUGUUUUAAUUGCUUUUAGAAAUGAAAGCAAUUUUUCACCUGUCCAGGAGGCUUGUUAAAAACAGCAGUACAUCCAUAAAUACAUACACAAAAAUACAUACACAUUUAGGGUACAUACAAAAAAUACUGGUAUGUCUACAGAGGUAGGCUAUUAGGUUUGAAAACAAGAUUGUUUCUCUUUUAGCCAUGAUUAAAUUCCUCUGUUGAAAACAUUGGAAAUGUGUAGCAUUGUUAAUUCAGUUAGACAGUUCCAUAGUUUUGCCCCUUCAAAUGGGCGGUUCACCCUAAAGUCAAAAAUACAUAUUUGCCUCUUACCUCUUAUUUAUCACUCUAGAUUGUUUUGGAGUGAGUUGCCAAGUGUUUGAGGUACCAGCUGUAGAGAUGUCACACUAACAAAGGUUUUCAGUUACAAAUCAAAUGUUUGUUUGCACAUUUUAAUGUAUUCAUACAAAAUGUUUUCUCACAUUCAUAUAUGAUGAUACACAGCUACAAUACUUGAACUUACUUUGUUUCAGCGUAAGUGGUUCAUUAAAGGAGGGCUCAAAUGAUUUCAAUAAA